CGUGAGAUAGUUGAACAAGUCACACGCUGGGAAGAUGAAAUUUUUACUUUUGGUUGCCGUUCUGUGCAUUAGUGGCUGCUUGGCUGAAUACAACAAGCAGCAAAUUCGUAAAAUAAUGGACGCCUCAAGGCCUUGCUACCAAAAAUUGGACAUUUCCACCGAUUCUGAUAUGAUUGAACGGCUAGCAUACCGAAAAAAUGUCACCUACAGCAAGAAGGAAGUGGAGUUCAUGCUCUGCUUUCAACAAAACUUUGGCGUGUACGACCCUGAAGGAAAUUUGCGUCCGGAUGCAAUGGUGGAGUUUUGUAUGAAAAAUCCGAAAAUGGAUCGAACUAAAGUCACGGAAGCAAUUAAUUUGUGUGUUAAAAAGUGCAAUGAUUUACCUUUACUUAAAAGAGCGCGAGAGAUUUACGACUGCUUCUUCGACAGCAAGCAAGCUUGGUUUUAAAUUUGAUUGUGACACUGAGAAUGAAUUUAAAUCAACAUUUA